CACCUCGCUGUGCAGUGACGACUACGACAACAACAAAACAGCAGAGAGAUCCCUGACAGCUGCAUAUAGGAGUGUUAGCAUGCUAGCUAUGCAUUAGCAUGGUUACACAAUCCUGAACGAAGAGGAAUAGUCCGUGAUAAGACAAAUGACAAAGCCCUUGAACUGUCCCGUGUCCACGGAGUAACAUGCAUCGAUCUAUCUGAAGAUUAGCUACAGAUUGACAGCUCUCUACGUUGACGUCUAACCCCAUACAUAGUUAGUUAGCUAAUGUUUUCCAGCUAGCGUCUUUACCGCUAGCCAUAUAGGUCCAUGUAUGCUAAACUUAGCCAUGUUAGCUAGCAAGUUCGCUAGCUAGCUCCUCAAGAGACAUUGGGGGGAUGAGAGUAAACAAAGAGAGGGUGGUCUUGAAUGACUGAUAAGAUAGGGAAGUGUGAAGAUCUGGAGGAUUCAACAUGAAGUUGUACGUGUUCCAGGUCAACAACGGCAGCACGUUGACAUUUGACACUGAGCUUGCUGUCCAAACUGUGUUGGACCUCAAACAUGCCAUCCAGGUCAAGUAUAAAAUUGCAACCCAACACCAAGUCCUGGUUGUGAAUGGAGGGGAGUGCAUGGUUGCUGAGAGGCGAGUCUGCAGCUACAGUGCUGGCACUGAUACCAACCCCAUAUUCCUAUUCAACAAAGAGAUGAUCUUGUGUGAUCGGGCUCCAACAAUUCCCAAGACGACUUUCUCAGUUGAGAAUGAGAUGGAGCUGAAGGUGGAAGAGUCCCUGAUGAUGCCGGCAGUCUUUCACACCGUUGCCUCACGAACACAACUUGCUGUGGAAAUGUUUGAAGUUGCCAAGAAACUUUGCUCCUUUUGUGAACGCCUGGUUCACGAUGAACACCUUCAACACCAAGGUUGGGCUGCCAUCAUGGCUAACCUGGAUGACUGUACCCUGUCGUAUCAGAAGCUACUCUGGAAAUUUGACACAGCGUACAUUAAUUAUCAGCAGGACUUUGAGGACAUCAAAUUGAAACUCACUAAACUGGGCACAGCAGUCUCAGUCAUGGCGAAGAUUCCGCUGCUCGAGUGUUUGACCCGGAACAGCUACAGAGAAAGCAUUGACAAGUCUAGCUCCAGCCCAGGGAAGGAUUCCGACGAGACAGAGGAGGAUGACAAGUCCACAGACUCUGUCCUCUGCCCCUCCGAGUCCCAGAGGAGCUCCAACCCACCUGCCUGUGUGUCUGCUCCCGGGACAACACCACCUGGGCCCAGCGACGGUCAGGAGACCAAUGAGAUGACAGACAGCAGCGGGCUGAGGGCAGCCCUGCAGGAGGAAGAUGCUCCGGAGAAGGCCAACCCUCCCUCCUUCAACGUCACCCUGCUGGACUGGAUCAACGUACAAGACCGGCCCAAUGACGUCGAAUCAGUCGUCAGGAAGUGCUUUGACUCUAUCAAUAGGCUUGACCCACGGAUCAUACAACCCUUCUUAGCAGAAUGUCGUGACACGAUUGCCAAACUGGAUAAUCAGAACAUGAAGGCUAUCAAGGGCCUGGAGGACAGGCUGUACGCCUUAGACCAAAUGAUUGCGAGCUGUAAUAAGUUGGUGAACGAACAAAAGGAACUUGCUCAGGGAUUUCUGGCCAAUCAGAAGCGGGCUGAAACCCUUAAGGAUACGUCGGUUCUGCCUGACUUAUGCCUCAGCCACGCCAACCAGCUGAUGAUCAUGCUGACCAACCACCGGAAGCUACUGGACAUCAAACAGAAGUGCACCACUGCCAAACAGGAGCUCGCGAACAACCUACAAGUUCGUCUCAAAUGGUGCUGCUACGUGAUGCUCCACGCCGACCAGGAUGGGGAGAAGCUCCAGGCCCUGCUGAGGCUGCUGACGGAGCUCCUGGAGAGGGUCCGGGUGGUGGACGCCCUGAGCACCGUGCCCCAGAUGUACUGCCUGGCUGUGGUGGAGGUGGUCCGGAGGAAGAUCUUCAUAGGCCACUACAGACAGUGGGCCAGUGCUCUCGUAAAAGAUGGGAAGCGCCUCUAUGAAGCGGAAAAGUAUAAAAGGGAAACGUUCGGGAAGCUAUUCAGGAGGUCCUUUCUCAGAAACCGCCUGUUUCGAGGGCUGGAUUCCUGGCCUCCAACGUCCUUCUGUACACGAAAGCCCAGGAGGUUUGACUAUGAGCUUCCCGACAUCUCCCUUGGCGACCUGCAGUAUCUGAAGACCUGUUGUCCCACAGAAGUGCAGCCCUUCCUUAGGGUUCCAAACAUUUGUGACUUUGAGCCUUUGAACCGGCAUGUGCAUAUGCUUCACCAGCUGGUCCAAGCUGCACAGAGCAUGGACGACAUGUCUCAGACCAUUACCGACCUGCUUAGCGAACAAAGGGCGUCGUGUAGCCAGAGUGCUCAGAGAUCCACAGCCCUAACCCCGCGGUCUGAAAGCACACCGGGUCCGGCCACCUCUACCUCCUCCAAGACCCCCACCUCGCUCAGUCUUCAGGGACUCCCCUGCCAGCCCCUCCCUGGUCCCGUCCCCACCGUCCAGGAGGACCUCUCCCCGGACAGCAUUGACGCCCAGACCUUUGACUUUGAGACCAUCGGCCACCCUAACAUGGACCCUGUCCUUCAACAAGGCUCCCUAGACCUGGACUCCCUGGCCGAGAGUCCAGAAUCCGACUUCAUGUCGGCCGUCAACGAGUUUGUGAUUGAGGAGAACCUGACCUCCCCCCAGCCUGUCAGCGACCCCACAAGCCCCGAGAUGAUGGUGGAGUCCCUCUACUCGUCGGUCAUCAACGCCAUCGACAGCAAGCGCAUCCAGGACACCACCACGCUGGAGAGGGAGAAUUCCAAGAUGGCUGCCCUGAAGCUGAGCAUCGAAAAGUACCGCUCGGCCGCCGAGGAUUCCCAGUCCAACCUGAGGAGCGUGAAAGACGACCUGUACCGCUUCCGGGGUCUGGUGCUGAAGGAGCAGCGCGACUUUGGCUUUGCCCUGAAGACCAUGACCAUGGAGGUCUGUGGCCUGGUGGACAACAUCCGCCAGAGACGCGAGGACGAGCUGAGGGAGCAGCACCAGAGCUUCCUCCUGUCUCUCCAGAGAGACCACGAGGGGCAGCUCCUCACCCUGACCCAGGAGAACCAGCUCAACCAGAACAUUGUCAGGGACGUGCAGCGGGCCGUGCUGGAGCUGGAGGGCCUGUUGGAGCGCAAGCAGAAGGAGCUGGCUCAGCUGGAGGGGGAGAAGGAGCGCUGGGCCCAGGCCGAGACGGGCCUCGCCGAGAGGGCCAACAACCUGGAGCAGACGAUCGGCGAGCAGGCCGCGGAGAUCCAGACCCUCGCCUACUCCAGGGAUUUUCUGGCCGUCCAGCUGGAACGUCUCGACGGGGAGGUCGAGCGCGUCCAGGAGAAGCUCCGCGAGGAGCUCCUGGGUGCCGAGCGGGCCCGGCUGCAGGAGCUUGAACACCGGCUGAGAGGGGAGCACCAGGCCCUGCUGGAGGACCUCACAGCCAGGAACGAGGAGGCGUUGGAGAGCCUGCUCGCCGACAACCGGGCCGAGCUCAGCGAGGUGACCAGGCUCCACGCCGCCACCCUCGGAGAGAGGGACGCCCGGCUGACGGCGCUGGAGGGCCGCGCCGGCGACCUGGAGGCCGAGCUGGCCCUCGAGAAGGCCGAGGCGGAGGACGCAAGGCUGCUCGGCGAGGAGGCGGAGCGGCAGCGGGCGGGGGCGCUGAGGGCCGCCGUGGAGGCAGAGACCCUGGCCCUGGGCGAGGAGCUGGCGGGCCUCAACCGGCAGUUGCAGGCCAGGAACGAGGAGUACGAGGCGGGCCUGGCCGAGGUGAGGGCCCUGAUGCGUCUGGAGAAGGACCACUGCAUCUCCGAGCUGGUGGACCGACAGGAGAAGGAGAGCGCCCUGCUCCGAGGCCAGCUGUCCGCGCUGGAGCGCCGCGCCCGGGAUGCCGAGACUGAGCACGGGGAGAAACUUCAGGAGCUUCGCCGUGACCUGGAGCAACAGAUGGAGGCCCUGCUCCGAGAUAAAGAUGAGGAGCUGAGGGGCUCGGAGGAGCAGGAGCGACACACGAGGACUGUUAUCAGCGACUUGCAGGCCGAGAACCACCAGCUCUCCAAGAGAUUAGAGCAGGACGCGGCGCGGCAGUGCGUGGAGAGAGCGGAGGCCUCGAAGACCGCAUCGCCAGAUGCCUUUAAAGACUUACAGCGACAAAAGGAGGAGACAGAGGGGAGGCUGUUAGAUCAAAUUAGACGACUUGAAAACGAGCUGCAAGAAAGACAAUCCGCCGAGAGGGCGCCGGGGCUGGCCCUGCAGGCAGAGGCCGGGGCAGAGGCCGGGGCAGGGGCCCCCCUCUCCCUGGACUCGGCCCUUCAGGAGCGCCUGAUGCAGGAGACGGCCUCGCUGCACAGCCAGCUGGAGCUCCUGGAGAGGAGGAAGAACGAGGAGAUGCAGAACUUGAAGACCUCGCUCAUAGCAGAGCAGCAGACGAACUUCAACACUGUUCUGACGCGAGAGAAGCUGAAGAAGGAGCAAAUCAUCAACGAGCUCACGGAGAAACUCCGAAGCGUUACCCAGCAACAGGAGAAGGACAAAGGUCUGAUUGAGACUCUGUCUGAGGACCGAGCUAGCGUCAUGCAGGAGAAGAAAAAUCUUGAGGAAGAGCUGAACCGGCUACGCAACACUGCCCUGGUCUCCUCGGCCUACUUCACCCCUAACCCCUUAACCAUGGAGCCUGCUGGGGCCGGGGCUGGGGCCGGGGUUGGGGCCGGGGCUGAGGCCUUUCUGUCGGAGCCCUUCCCUGACCCAGACAGACUGGCCUCUGUUGCAGCCAUCAGAGAUGAGGACAAGGUGGAUUCAGCAGUGGAGGCCAGCAUGGUGACCGUACAUGAUAAUAUCCUAAUGAUGUCAGAAGAGAAACAACGAAUACUGUUACUUGAAAGGACUUUACAUAUGAAGGAAGAAGAAAACAAACGCCUCAAUCAGAGACUGAUGUCUCAGAGCAUGUCAUCUGUGUCAUCACGGCACUCCGAGAAGAUCGCCAUCAGAGAUUUCCAGGUGGGCGAUUUGGUCCUCAUCAUCUUGGAUGAGAGGCACGACAACUAUGUGUUGUUUACCGUCGGCCCCACUCUCUACUUCCUUCAUUCAGAGUCUCUCACUGCACUGGACCUCAAACCAGCAUCAGGGACAACACGGCGGCCGUGGGUUCUUGGGAAAGUGAUGGAGAAGGAAUAUUGUCAGGCAAAAAAGGCUCAGAACAGGUUCAAGGUUCCGCUGGGCACAAAGUUCUACAGAGUGAAAGCUGUACCAUGGAACAAGAAAGUAUAAUAUAGUCAAGUUAGGAGCUCAAAUGUAUAUUUAUAUUGCAUUACACAUCUGAUGGAGUCUUCACAUCCUAAUUCACUUAUCAACUUGAAAAUGAAAAAGAAUGAAGACCCUAAUCAUGCUAUCUUGGCUUUCUGUUAAAGAUCACACUUUGUUUGUAGAGCACACUCUUCCCUUAUUUUUAUUUUUGUUUUCAAUUUUUUUUCAGAGGAUAUGUUAUUGUGGACCAAAUACUAUGACCUUAUUAGGGCAUGGCCCUAAACACUGGCAUAAAGCCAUUAUACCUGCGUGUACAUUGAAGAAAGAAAAAAAAAAGUAUUUGGAUGUUAUAUAUUAGUUCUCAUCAUUAUCAGCAUUUGUCCUUUUGUGGAAAAUACUGUAUCAUUAUCAGCAUAAUUCAAAUGAAAAUAUACAUUUAUUAUAAAUGUUUAUGGAGGAAUGUUCAUGGCAUGCAUAUACAUUUUAUUUGAUUUACUUAUACAGAUAAAUGUUGUAGUUGGAAAUGUAGUUAAGGCUGUUUGUUACUCACAACACAGUAUGGCCCUCCUGUUAAUACUGAAAUGUACAUUUUGGCUGACUGGUGCAAGCAGUCAUUAUUGCAAUCCUUGAAA